UAGUUAUCCUCUGCGUCUGCUCCGGGGCCCUGUCAGUUCAUUCUGCUUUCUUUCUCGAGUGUCUUAGGCUUCCCUGCUUGUCCCCUUUCUUAUUGAUUGCUUUCUCGCUACUGCUGCCGGCUCUCCACUCCUUCCACACGUAAACUUCUCAGCAAGAGCCAACAGCUUAUUCGGCCAAUUACUAUGUCUACCCCUUCAUCCCCCUACCAGGCUCCCGGAGAGAUUAUUUCCAGCCCCAUCUCGCCCACGACACGGACUGUGGCCAUAAUCAAGAACCAUGCGCUCAACCAUAGGUUUGAGAUCGAGUUGCGUAUCUCGGAUGCUGGAUUCGAGAUUGUGAAAGAGAGACAGAUGGAAUUCGAUGUCGAGACCGACCCGGACACCCUCUUCGAGCUGUUCGGGCCCGAUUACGAGUCGUUCGCAGAAGGCCCCGUCUGGGUGUACGUCCUCGAGCGCCGCCGCGCCGUCGAAGUCUGGCACUCCCUCAUGGGCGACCCUGACCCCGAGGUCGCGCGCAAGGACACCCCCAACUCCAUCCGCGCGCUCUACGGUAUCUCCGCAGCCCAGAACGCCGUCAUGGGCUCCCCAGACCCACAGACCGCCGAAAUCCAGAUCCAGUCCAUGUUCGCCUCCUCGCCCCCCUUCCCAACGACAGAGCUCCCGGACGUCGGAGGGCACGAUGAGUUCGGCAUCUCCGCGGGCACGCUGCUGUCGACUGGGGCCGCGGGAUCGGAGUAUGCCACGUCGUCGCACUCGCACGCGGGCACGUCGGUGAACGGUACGGGAAAACCUGGAUUCAAGGCGCGUGCGAUUCCUGUCACCCACGCCGCCCCGGACAUCGUCCCGCGAAUGUCCAAGGCCGCCGCGCUGCGUGCGGGCAUCCCGAUCGAAGAGAAGAAGCGCGCCCCGCCGACGAAGGAGCGCCUCGCGGAGACGUUUGCGAACGUCCCUGGGCACAAACGCUCGGAGACAAUCACUGUCGCGUCUACGGCGGCACCGACUAUUGCGCCCAGGAUGACCCGCGCGGCUUCGCUUAGGCUGGGGAUCAAGCCCGAAGACAAGAGGAGGCCUUCGAUCGCUAGUGCGGCAGACGUGAAGGCCACAUUUGAAGGCGUCCCAGGACACAAGAGAAGGGAGUCGAUACAGGUUGCGAGCACGCGCCCGCCCUCUGUCGCGCCGCGAUUGAACAAGAGCGCGGCACUCAGGGCUUCGAAGGAAGUCGCGCCGCCCUCGUCCUUCAUGUUCCGCCAGCCUUCUGGACAGUCAGUCCCCUCACGCUCUUCCUCCCGACAAUCCUUCAAUGGCACGUCCACUUCUCGUCCUGCCAUCUCUCGCCCCCCGUCAGCUGCGUCCGUCCAACAUGCAGCCCCGCGCCCCUCCCUCUCGCGCCCCCCUUCUGCCAUUGCCACCCGCCCAGGACUCCGUCCGUCAACCGCCCCAACCUCCAAGUCGGCAGGCGCUGUCCUGAAGCCGUCCAGUACCACCAACGGUACCGCCGCUAACGGCGCUGCCAACGCCAAUACGGCACCCAAGGCGGAGGCACCCGCGAAGCCCCGUCCACGCCCCAGCAGCCUCCAGGCACCGACGAUCACGCCCAGGCCGAACAAGAGCGCGUUGUUGCGGGCAGCGAAGAUGGCUGGUGCUGCGCUCUCCGGAAACGGGGCCAAGCCCAAGACCGCGGCCCUCGCUCCGCGAGCCGUUCGCGCAUGACGAGGAUCCGUUCCCUUCAUUCGAGUCGCGCGUAGAAGAGACGCACGAACCCGAAAUUGCUGACUUCCCGAAGAUCCGGAGCACGAAGGGCACGUACGUGUCUGCAUGUAAUAACAAGGCACAAGAAGGCCGCCCGCCUGCUCGGGCUCGUUCAGGACGACCCCUACGUUCCCCCUCCAUACCUUGCCUGGAGGAUACCCCGCGCGAUCCUGCGAACUUCUGGUUGGACUUUCACAUAUGGUACACUUGCUUCUUUAUGCCCUCAUCUAUUCCCUCUAUUGCCUCACCAAGACUGGUUUCGGUUUCCUUGAUAUUGAAAUAUUGAACGUUAGCACAGCACAGGCUGCAGUCCCCUGUGAUAUAGAGCCGGUACACUCAUAAUGCCUUCAUUUACCUCACCAUCCAUCUCGGUCUUGCUUCUUUUCCGUUGGUUACAAAUUUAUCACAGUGGCGGCGGGGUGCAUCUCACCUACAUAUAUGCGUAUCCAGGUCGAUCGGUUUGUGUUUUCUCUUACCCGCCUCGGUUUUUUUGGUGUUGUAAGAGUAUGAUAACGUCGCAAUGCUAGCUGAAGUCGCGACCUACCGGUCUUGCGCGAUCGUGC